GAUGGCAAGCCCCAGCGUGAUUCAACAACAGCUCAUGUUCAUGAUAUUGGAGACCUCUGCCGUUUCCAAAUCAUUGUUCAUUUUCAUCACCACACAAAGUGCUGGUAUCUUCGAUUGGAUGCAGGCCACAACUUUCUGCACGCCAACCACCACAAGGGCCUGCACCAAAUCAGAAAGUCCCCUCAUGAUCUCCCUCUUCAGGUGCUGGAAACAGCAUCCAAUAUGCUCAAUCAUGGGACACCUACCACCCAUGUCCGGGCAUUGGCACAGACCUUGACUCAUGUCAAUCUCCUGACUAAAGCCUUUACACGGAUUCUGGAAGAAUCUCUGCAUAAUGGCCUUGGGGGUAUAUUUAGUCCCUUCAACCCCCAUGGUGAACACAACACACCUGGACAAAUGCUUCUUGACUGGUUUCGUCUUCAUCCAGAUCUCGAUUUUGUGAUUUACACUGCCACACUUGAUGACAGUAUGCACAGGCUUCGGCUAAGAAAGAAGACAAAAACAAAAGAUGGUCUUAUCGACCCUGCCAAAUAUCAUACUCAACGCCUUCAAGCUCUUGUUGAAAGUUUGACUCUUGACACAGGUAGGGAAGCAUUGAUUGCAGUUUCAUUUGUUAGUAAGAAACAACGGAGAUUUUUCGAGAUGUUCCCAGAAUGCCUUGGGAUGGACGUGACCCAUGGAACCAAUGCAGAGAAACGCCCCCUCUUCCGUUUAGUGGGCCGGACUGCAUCCAACGAAAACAUCCCCCUCAUGACGGCCUAUCUUCCCUCUCUUUGCGAUUGGGUGUUCCAUUGGCUCUUUGAUGAUGCCAUGCCUACUCUUUUUGAAAAAGAGAAUGUUGCAAAGUUGCGUCUCAUGAUGACUGACAAAGACCUUCAGUGCAUGGCUGCAUUUAAUGCCAUUAUAAAAGUGUACUACCCAUAUGCCCAGAUCCGGCUCUGUAAAUGGCACAAGACAGAAGUUGACCUUCAAUUUGCAAACACAAAUAGGGAUUGGUGUUAUUCAUUCACCUCUUCCAUAGAAUCUGCCAAAGAAGAAAAGGACUCCUGGAAUGUCCUUCUUACAUUUGUGGACAAUAUGGACAAGGAAGGCAACGUCACCAAGGAUCUCAUCAGGUUCACACGGAAAUGUCUUGCCACCUUUUUCAACAAGUCCAUGGAGUACCUGUCCUUCAGACAUUACAUGGCUGUGCCAAAUGGGGACAGAGCCGACAACUGUUUUGUUGAAUCCGAUAAUUCUCCGAUCAAGCGUCUCAAUUGA